AUGGCAUUCUCUAGGAACUUGGGAGGAGGAACUGUGACGAGAGCGGAGCUAGCGGGGGUGGUGUACGGCCUGCAUACAGCAUGGAGAUUGGGGUAUAGAAAAGUGGUGGCACAAGUGGAUUCUAUGGUGAUCAUUCAGUUGAUUAAGGAGGCAAGAAACUGCCAUCCUCAUUUCACACUUAUAAAUCAAGUUCGUGGACUCUUAGGCCGUGAUUGGGAAGUCGACCCGCAACAUGUGUUCAGGGAAGGAAAUGUGGUUGCAGACUAUCUUGCAUCCUUAGGGCAUGGGCUACCGCCUGACGAUCACAUCAUCGAACUCCCAUGUUCGCGUUUGAGUCAUUUACUGUACUUUGAUACGAUUGGGGUUCAGACCCCUCGCAUGGUUACUAUUAAUUAA